AUGGACCAUUCGUUUUCAUUGUCUCUGCUCAGAGAUAGUGCGGACGGGAGCACAGGAUCUUCGACUAACAGCGGAUCAUUCGAGCUACACGCCGUCUCAGCGAGCCGCCGCAGCCAGCGGCGUUCCGUGCUCGUCGCGAUGCGUGGCGUCGGCUUCAACUCGCUCCUCGUGAGGCGCUUUUGGAGCCUCUGCUCCCUUGUCGUGAGAGACAAGAAAUCGGCGUUGCUACUCGCCGGUUUGAUGUUCUUCGCCGUGACGUACGAGUUCGUCUCCUACCAAAUGGGCCUCACCAACAGCCGCUUCUACUUGGUACUGGGCAACAAAGACCAGCGCGGAUUCUGGAUCCAAACGGCGCUCGGACUGAGUCUUGUCUUCGCCAUAUCCAAGGUCAGGGCGCUGCGCACCUUCCUGGCGUCGACCACCGGCGUGCACUGGCGAAAGAUCAUCACAAAGAACCUGCAAGGGCUUUACUUCGCCGACAAGAACUUCUACUGCGUCAACGUCUUGAAGGAGUUGGGCGGGGAGCUGGAUAAUGCUGACCAACGAAUGACGCAGGACGUCGACCGCUUCUGCCGAUCUCUGGCGGACACGCUGCCGGCCGCGCUGAUCGCUCCGUUCACGACGGCAUACUACAACUACCAGGCGUACGUGGCCACCGGCUGGAUAGGCCCGGUCUCGACGCUCGUCUUCUUCGUAGUGUUCACAAUUCUCAACAAGUUCUUGCUGGCGCCGGUGGUUCCGCGCGUCUACCAGCAAGAAAGACAAGAAGGCCAGUUUAGGCACGCGCAUGCGCGCGUCAGGGACAACACGGAAUCCAUAGUAUUCCUUGACGGUGACCCCGUGGAAGAAGCAAACAUGAACGCCAUUUUGGACGACGUGGUCAAGGCUCAGCAGUCUGUCGUGAACAGGCAGUUCCCGCUCGCCUUCGGCAUUCAUCUUUUCGACUAUACUGGUGCGAUCCUCAGUCUACUAGUCAUCGCCGUUCCCAUCUUCAGCGGCGUGUACGAUUCGCUGACGCCGCAGGAACUGGCGGCGCUCAUCAGCAAAAACGCGUUCGUCUCCAUCUACCUCAUCAGCUGCUACAGCAGCCUCGUGGACAUGUCCGGCAGCGUCGCUGUGAUCGCGGGAAACGCGCACCGUAUUGCGGCACUCAGGGAAAAGCUGUUGGCAUUGAGCGAAGAACUGCGCGAAUUACACGCCGCCGAAAGCAGCGGUGACGACGAGGACAAGCGUCCGCCCGGAGGAGGUGACAGCCACGACGGCGACAGUCCUACGAUCGAGCUCCAAGACGUGACGUACAGUUCACCGCGAGAUGGCAACGUGCUCGUCGACAAGCUAACCUGGAGAAUCGACGGCAAGCGGAGGGCUAUCAUCACGGGACCCAACGGAAGCGGCAAGACCACCCUGUUCAGAGUCAUCAAGGGUCUGCGGAACGCCGACUCCGGAAGCGUCCGCGUGACCAACUCCCACUCGUUGGGAUUCUUUCCGCAGCAGCCGUGGUUGACGGUGGGAAGCCUUCGAAAGCAGCUUCGCUACCCCUUCAUCGAACAGUGUCGAGUGGGACUCGAAGAUGGCGACGCUGAAGACGCUGAAAUGAUCUCGCUUCUGGAGCUCACGGGUCUUGGAAACCUUCUAAAAAGCGCCAACGAUCUCGAUAGCGAUAUGGACGCCGCGUGGUACGACACCUUGUCUCCCGGAGAACGGCAGCGGCUCAGCUGGGCCCGCCUGCUCUACUUGCGGCCAACAAUCGCUCUGCUGGACGAAGCAACCGCCUCGAUAGACGUCGAGCUUGCGGAAAAGCUCGCGGAUGAGUGUGUGAACAGGGGCAUCAACAUAGUUGCCAUAAGCCACAAGCAUUCCUGGAACGCUGAAUCGGUGCUCGAGCUGCGAGGCACCGAUGGCUACUGGACGGUUUCCUAG